UCCUCUUCCCAGGAUGCUCCAUUCCAAUCCCUAAUGCAUCGCUUAAUUCUCAAGCUUUCAAAAAAGCCACCAAAGUAUUCCCUUACCUCCCUCUUCUUCUUCAGGCCCAUAUUCUCCUACGCCACCUUGGCCGCUGUUAACCAUCUUGAAGUCCCGCCAAACGACGUCUCUUCAGCAAUUUUCACCCGCCUCAUUAACUUUAAUUACGGGGACAAAAGGGGUUUUGCUAAACGUCUUGGCCGUGACCCAGAAUUUAAUACCUUAAUCUCGGGCUUAUCUGCACCGGAAGUUGAUGGGAUUCUUGAGAAAUUGAGAAUUAAGUACCCGGAAACUGCUUUGGAUUUCUUUUUCCUGUUGAAGAACGAAUAUGAUUUUAAGCAUUCAAGAGAUUCUUGUCUUUCUAUUGCUCAUGUUUUGGCCAGAAAAGAAAGGUUCAGAGCCUUGAAGUUACAUUUGCUGCAAAUGGUUCACCUAGAAGGCUCUGGCUCUGCACCUUCACUUUGUGAGCUGCUUUCCAAAGGCUUCAGGGAAUCAGAUUUCAGUCAUACGGUUUGGGAUAUGCUGGCUUUUGCUUACUCCAGAUCUGGGAUGGUGCAUGAUGCACUCUUUGUCCUUUUCAAGAUGAAGGAUUUGAAUGUUCAGGCUUCCAUCAUGACAUUAAAUGGUUUAUUGUACAAUUUGAGGCUCACUGAUGUAAUGUGGGACAUGUAUGAUGUGAUAAAAGCCAGUGGGAUUCGUCCUAGUAGCUAUACAAAUUCCAUUAUUAUAGAUGGUCUGUGCAGACAGUCCUUGGUUGAAGAAGCAGUUGCAUUUAUGCAAGAAGCAGAAAAGGAAGAAUCUGGGCCUCGUAUAGUUUGGUUGAACAAUCUCAUGACAGGUUUCUGUAAAUUGGGUUUUGUGAAUGUGGCAAAGUCAUUCUUUUGUAUCAUGCAUAAAUGCGGUUUACUUCCUGACACCUACAGUUACAAUAUACUUAUUAAUGGAUUAUGUAUAGCGGGUUCUAUGGAGGAAGCACUAGAGUUUACAAGUGACAUGGAGAAGCAUGGAUUGGAGCCUGAUAUAGUGACUUAUAACACACUUGCGAAAGGCUUUAGUCUCCUUGGGUUGAUGAGUGGGGCAUGGAAAGUUAUUAGUUUAAUGCUGUAUAAAGGAUUAAAUCCGGAUCUUAUCACAUACACUAUACUGAUUUGUGGGCAUUGCCAGACAGGCAAUAUUAAAGAAUGUUUCAAGUUGAGAGAAGAGAUGCUUUCACGGGGUAUGCAGUUAACCAAUAUCUCAUAUGGUGUUAUGAUUAGCUGCCUGUGUAAGAGGGGAAAUGUUAAUGAAGCUCUGUCUUUAUUUGAUGAGAUGAAAACUAUUGGUCUAGAAGCAGAUGUUGUGAUUUAUUCUAUUCUCAUUCAUGGCCUAUGCAAGCAAGGUCGGCUUCACCACGCUAUUCAUUUAUACAAGGAGAUGUGCUUGGAGAGAGUCAGGCCAAACCUUUUCACUCAGCGAUCCAUUCUGUUAGCUCUGUCUGAGAAAGGGACCAUAAAGGAGGCAAGGAGAUACUUUGACACCCUGAUGCAUUGUGACUUAUUGGAGGAUAUUGGUUUGUGUAACAUUAUGUUAUAUAGUUAUGCAAAAGUAGGUUAUAUGGAUGAGGCUAUCCAGCUUUUUCGUAUGAUCUUGGAGAAAGGAAUUACACCAACUAUUGUCACAUUCAAUUCUCUAAUAUAUGGUUUCUGCAAAUCUAGACGACUAGCUGAUGCUCGAAUCUGGUUGAAUGCUAUUGAGACUCAUGGUUUGGUGCCAAGUGCUGUAACUUACACCACUCUUAUGAAUGCAUUCUGUGAGGAACGGGAUGUGCAAGCUAUGUUUGAAUUGCUCAAGGAAAUGGAAGCAAGGGCCAUAGAGCCUACUCAUGUUACUUAUACAGUGGUCAUAAAAGGGCUCUGCAGACAAAGAAAGGUGAAAGAAGCUGUUGGAGUACUCCAGGACAUGUUUGCUAAGGGAGUCUUUCCUGAUGAAAUAUCAUACAACAUCAUCAUUCAGAGCUUAUGUAAAACCCAGGAUAUGAAAAGAGCAUUCCAGUUACAUGAUGAAAUGUUGCUGCGCAAUCUUCAGCCUAAUCAUGUCACAUAUAAUAUUCUCAUUAAUGGUUUGUGUGUUCGUGGGAACUUGAAGGAUGCUGAAAAGCUGUUGGCUUCUCUUCAAGAUCAAAAAGUCAGACUGACAAAGGUUGCUUAUACCACAUUGAUAAAAGCACUUUGUGCAAAAGGUAAUGUACAUAAAGCAAUAGUGCUGUUCCAUCAAAUGGUAGAAAUGGGUUAUCAGGUCUCAGUCAGAGAUUGUAGUGCUGUGGUCAAUAGACUUUGCAAAAGACAUCUGAUAAGUGAUGCAAAAGCCUUCCUUCGUCUGAUCUUGCAGUGUGGCAUUGCCCUUGAUCAACAAAUUUGCUCAGUGAUGCUCAAUAAUUUAUACCGAAUUCAUGAUAGAGAUACCAUGUUUCAGUUAUUUGCUUUAAUGGUCAAAUGUGGCUUCGAUCCUGGUUGAACCCGUGAGAGAUGGUGAUUAAGUUCAUUGUUCACAAGGAUGAGGUUCUGCCCCGUGAAAUUUUUGCUAAGGACUUGGCAUCUGCACCUGCCUUCCCCCAACAAAAUAGAAAGUAAAUCAGUAUUUUAAGAAGGAAAAGAAGAAAAUGACCUUUUUCCAUAUGUUCCCUUAUAUGAUUACAGGUG